AUGUCAUCGAUCCGUCCGAGCAACGACGUCAGCGGAAUCCUCAACCUCAUAACCUUAUUAGUUUCGAUCACGAUCUUCGCGGCGGGAUUAUUGCUAAGCAAGAACGCCGUCACGGAAUGCGAACGCCUCCUCGACAAGCCACUUAUCUUGGUCGGACUCUUUCUCAUGCUCCUAUCUUUGACAGCCCUCAUCGGCACGUGCUGCAGAGUGCCGGGACUGCUCUGGAUCUACCUCGUCUUCAUGUUUCUCUUCAUCUUGGGCGGCGUCGUUUUCACUGCCUUCGCUUUUGUGGUGACGAAUGAAGGUGCUGGACGGUCGUUAUCCGGGAAGGGAUAUAAAGAGUACAGGCUGGGGGAUUAUUCUAUCUGGCUUCAAAGGAUAGUGAACAACGCUGAGAAUUGGAAUAAGGUUAAGACUUGUUUGGUUCAAUCCAGGAUUUGCACCGAUUUCCAUAGCAAGUUUCACAAUGAUAGUCUGCAGAAGUUCCACCAUAAGCCCUUGAAUGCUCUUCAGUCUGGUUGUUGUAAGCCGUCAAACGACUGCGGAUUUACGUAUAAGAAUCCGACUAAUUGGACAAAGGAGCAUGGGAUAUAUAAGAAUCCCGAUUGCAAAAAAUGGGAUAAUAAUCCAAAAGUUCUAUGCUUCAAUUGCCAAUCGUGCAAGGCUGGGAUUCUAGACAACGUCAAGAAUUCCUGGAAGAAGCAUAAGGUAGCCCGUAUCAACGUCAUAUUCCUUAUCUUCCUCAUCAUUGUAUAUUCCUGUGCUUACUGUGCUUUCAGAGACAGCAUGCGAGACGAUCAUGCUGAGUAUCACCGAGGGUUGAAGCCUUGA